GGAUCAUUACUGAUUUGGUGCUGCUUUUGGGGAGGAGUUUACGACGAGCCUCUUGCAAUCACGAAUGGAUCAGUAGGUCAGGGCGCCUAUACUAACUGUCUACCCAAUAAAUUUUCUGUCAUAUUUCAGACACUAGAAGCUGAACACCAUGAGCGCACUUUUAUAUCCUAG